UGCUGGUGGUGGUUUUCCAGGGAGCUAGUUAGAAUAAUGGAGGACUGUAGCCCCGCCUACUCACAUAUGUCAUCGCAUCACAUGACCACCCCGGUCUGUGUUAACUCUCACACAUCCAGCCUGAGCGGGCCAACAAAGCUGUAUGUGUAUGUCAUUGUGUAGUGCACUGAUAUACUCAGCCCGGUGAGCUUUAGCUGCUUUGGUACUACAUGUCCCAGCAUGCUCUGCCUGCAAUCAUGGCUUCUAGACUUCUGGACGUGUGGUGCAGAUGCUGGGAGAGCAGCAGUAAGCCUUCUUUCCCACCCACAGCACCUCACUGGCUGCGCCAGAGGUCCUGAUAAUAUCCAGUGAAAUAAUAAAUAAAUAAAUAUAUUUAUAAAGACUUGGAUAUACUUUAACAGCAAUGUUCACCAAUUCUAGUCUCCAGAGAUUGGGGCAAUUUCCAAUAAUGCAUGGCGGGAACCAUCCCUGGUUAUUUGUUAAAUGCAUUUAUAGUACUAUUUUUAUGCACUAGUUUUUACGCUGCAGCGCUACUGCACAAGCAUGGUCUGUCAUGCGUGCAGCGGCCAUUACUUUGCAUUCCAGACUUUGGUCAAUAUGACAGCUUUGCACAUAGAUGUGCGCAGGGGGGGUGCCUGGUGCGCACAGGCACCCCCUAAUGUCUGGCACCCUGAUCUCACAUGCCUGAUGCAGCAAUCGCCAAGCAGGCUGAUUACUGUCCCCUCUGCGCUGCACCCUGUCAGGACUGCAUUACUGACCGGAUGCCUGGGUUAAUUAAUGGUGUUACUGACACCGGCUUUCAAACUCCCGGCUCCACCUCCAUGUACAAAAACAGUGUGAUGUGACGUGAUUACGUCAUGCUGCUCACAUGCCCACCCGUCACACCCGCCACACGCCCACCUCUCUCCUAUGAUAUGCCAACGCCAGCCACUGAUGAGGAGCAGCAUGCAGCAAGCAUUCCUCGUAGGAAGACAAAUUCAAUACUGGCAGACGGCCGGCAGCAGCAUUGACACGUCACUCGUUUUUUUCCAGCAGCAGCAAUACUAGUCUGCGACUGUCAGUGUCAGUUUAGUCACUGAAUUGUAAGUAAGCUGCUGCAGCUUGCAGGGGAAAGAGGGGGGGAGCCAGACCAGGAUGAGGAGGAGCAGUGUAAUUGCAGUGAGUGCCAUCAGGGGUGUUUGUUUGGUGCACACUACAACAUCUGACAAUGUAUCUGCUUUAUUAGGAUUGGUACAAAGGUUUAUAUGCGUUGACCAUCAAUAGAUGGUGCUAGACAUGCCCAAAAGGCGGUGAUAGACACACCCCUCCAACGGUGCACCCCCUAAUAAAAUGUGCUGCGCACGCCAGUGGCUUUGCAGCCCCCACAGAAACCUAUGUGGGCUUCCCGCACACAGGAAUUGGAGGGAUCGUGGCACGUAUGAAGAUAUGGUAGGUGCACUCUGGGCCGUGUUACACUUUGGUUUCCAUGUUCUCAACUUUUCGCCUUACCCUACCGUUGCGGUUCAUAUGGUAUGCCCCAUGGUUCACAUGGUCUGAUUCCACCUGAGGCAACAUUACCUGAAGGGGAGAUAGGUGCUGCGAUCCCUUCUUAGUACAUUGGGGUGAUAUUUAAUAUUUGCAUAAAAAAAACUGGUGUUUUCUGGGGAUAUGAUGCAUAUAUUGAAUGAUAAAUAGGCCUCAAAUUGUUGAUUGUACAAAACGCCAUUGCUUUCCAACUCAUUGAAAAGGUAAUAUGUUAAUAUAAUUUCUUUCUUUUUUUAUCAAUUCCUUUUUCUUUUUUUUUUAAUUGUCCAUCUAUCCUCUAAAGAGGCCUACACACAGUGCUAUUCUGCCUAAAGGCCUAUUUUGUCUUUGCGAUUUCCCUACAACUCCCCAGAGCACAGAACCACCGAUAUUGACUAUACACACAGUGCAAUUUUGACUAUAUACAAUUUUGACUAUACUAGAAACUAGAUUGUACACUUUCUUGUCAAAAUUGACUUGCCUGCACAGCAGGCUUGCCUACCCUCCCGCAUUUAGCGGGAGGCUCCCGAUUUUUAACUGAGCCUCCCGCUGCCCUGCAAACAUUGCCAGCACUCCCGGUAUUUGAUAGUUCCUCCUUGCAAAUCCGGACUGCGCAUGUGCGAGUCCGGAAAUGCGGGGAGCGGGACUCACCAAGGAACGGUCACUGGUGGCCAGCCACCGCUGGGCUGUGGGUAGCGGUGGCUGUCAGACUGUCUGAGAGCCGGGAGGUGUCUGAGCGGCAGCAGUGUAGGAAUAAUGUGCAGAGAGAGCAGCCGCCCGUACAGUGUAGCCCAUAACCCGGCAGGCAGUGCUGUGCUUCAAUCUGGCUGGCCCCGCCCACCACACUCACAAUGGGCUGUGUGUAUCAGCCCAGCUCCUGCUGUUCCAGGAUGUGGCUGACUUGGGCUGCUGUACCCCCACCACACUGUCCCGCGGCCGGCUCCCUGCUCGUUACAGGAGGGAGCAACAAGACCAGAAGAUAUCACCUCUGAAAAAAUGGCCCAGACAAACCCUCUCCCUGUUCCUCUUGGACCCUGGAAGAUUACUGUGUAUGACCAAGAGAACUUCCAAGGAAAGAGAAUGGAGUUCAGCUCCUCGUGUGCAAACAUCAUGGAUUGUGGCUUUGACAACAUAAGAUCUCUUAAGAUCGAGUGCGGCGCCUGGAUUGGAUUUGAGCACACAAGCUUCUGUGGUCAGCAGUUUGUCCUGGAAAGAGGAGAGUAUCCUCGCUGGGAUGCCUGGAGUGGGAGCAAUGCCUAUCACAUUGAACGUCUGAUGUCUUUCCGCCCAAUCUGUUCUGCUAACCAUAAGGAAUCCAAGCUGACUAUCUUUGAGAAAGAGAACUUCAUUGGUCGCCAGUGGGAGAUAUGUGACGAUUACCCCUCUCUGCAAGCCAUGGGCUGGGGCAACAACGAGGUUGGAUCCAUGAAAGUUCAGUGUGGCUCCUGGGUCUGCUACCAGUACCCUGGUUACCGUGGAUACCAAUACAUCUUGGAAUGUGACCACCAUGGAGGCGAAUACAAGCACUGGAGAGAGUGGGGCUCUCAUGCCCAGACCUUCCAGAUCCAGUCUAUCCGACGCAUCCAGCAAUAAAGGGCCUAGAAGCUCCUGUCACCUACCACUGCCGUGUUAGCGAGAGGUCACUGUUCACAGGCUCUCUGUGGUGCUACCAAUCUCUUUUAAUGCUAAUCUAUAGGAAACAGAAUCCUUUUAUUGUACUGUGUAUGCAUGUUGGGAAAAUGACUUCUUAAUUGUACCAACUGCGAAAAUGAGAAAUAAAUGUAAUUCAGAAAAAAAACCGCAA